CACACAGAUAUGGUCAUGACCGUGCAAAUAGGUGCUGAGUGUUUUGGACCGCCAAAACAUAAGUACAGUCCUGUACGAAACAGUUUGGAGUACACUUCUGAUGAUGAAGGGGAGUUCAGUGAUGAAAGUAGAGGUUCAGGAUCACGUAACCACCGGUUGUUCGAUGCCGAGCUGUUUCAGCACUAUGUAACAGCAUGCGGUAACCUCAUCAUCAACUACAUCCCUCCUAACCUGACAGAGGAGGAGCUGCUCAACUUGUUUAAGACUGAGGGACCUGUGGAGAAUGUUAAGAUUGUCAGGAAGAAACCUGAGGGUCACAGUCUCGGUUACGCUUUUGUUAAGUACGUCUGUCCCGGUGACGCUCAGAAAGCUAUCUGUAGAUUUAACGGUUACCGACUCCAAAACAAGAUAUUGAAAGUGAGCGUGGCACGGCCCUCCUGCUCGGAGAUAAAGGACGCUAAUCUGUACAUCAGUGGGAUACCCAAACAUCUCACACAGGCUCACCUUCACGGCACUUUCUCCGCAUUCGGCACUAUUAUCAACUGUAAAAUCAUCACCGACAACAACGGCCAGAGUAGAGGAAUAGGAUUUGUUCGAUACAACACAAAACAGGAAGCACUGGCGGCCGUGCAGAACUUAAACAGACAGAUCCUUCCUGGCUCCUCAGUUCCGUUACAGGUGAAGCUGGCCGAGAAACCGUCUCACCGUAACGUGAAGAGCGGCAUGUAUGAUGAGAUGCAGAAGUUGCUGUCUACCUACAAGCUGGACUCUAAUAACAACGUUCAUCCUGUUGUCACUAAUAUUCUCAAGCAGUACUUUCCCAAUGUCGAAGAGGAAGGUAACGAGAUGGAACAAGGUCGUCCUGAACACCUGACUGCUCCUAACUCCGUGUGUUUGUACGUCUACAACUUACCUCCAGAAACUGACAGAGCUUUCCUUUUCACGCUGUUUAAAGAUUUCGGUGAGAUCGCCUCGGUGCGCCCCAUCAUCCACUACCCUACCAUGCAAUGCAAGGGAUUUGGGUUUGUGAACAUGAAGCACCAUUCUGCUGCUACCCUUGCUAUCCACUCUCUGCACGGCAAGAUCAUCAACGGGAAACCACUCCAGGUUUCUUUCAAGAAAUAAACUGAACAUUUUGAUUUUAGUGUGUCUUUUAAAACUUUAUUUAAGAUUUAUUCAAAAUUUGUUCAAUUUAUUUAGGGUUAAAACUUAAUUAAAGAUAGGUUUUUGUAAUUAUAACUUAAUUUUCGACUUUCUGUGAAUAGAAUAAUGGGUUAUAUAGUAUAUACUAUAUGGUUGUAGUAAAAUUGUUCGUAGAGAUUCUUUGUUAAAAGUAUUUUGGGGAUUAUCGACUCUCGAUUAUAAAUUGUUUCCAAAAAUUCGAUAAUAUCCUGACUUCAUUAAAUGAUAAUGAUAUAUAAAUAGUCAACAAUCAGUGGUCUUUUUAAGAUAUUAUUAAGAGAACGGUUAUUUAGUGCUUCUUUUAGUCCUUAUUUUGAGAUUUCAAAACAUUGCAACUGUUCUUUUUAUACUUCCUUCAUUCACAAUGUAUCUAUUUUCCAGUUGAUUGACACUUCACAGUCCAAAUUUUAAAAAUGAUUCACUGUCACAGUCCAGAUUUUUAAAAUGAUUCACUGUCACAGUCCAAAUUUUGUAAAUGAUUCAUUGUCACAGUCCAGAUUUUAUGCCGUUUUCUUGUAUUUUAGAUGAUUUUAUUUCCAAGUCCUAUUGUUGAUUUUUCACAAGAAUUUUAAUCAUACAUUUUAAAUGGAAUUUUUUGCUUUACCAUAAUACCAAGUAUGUAAAUUAUUCAUCAAUGUUACGUUGAAUAUUGACCUUAUGCUUAAUGCUUAAUCGUAAAACAAAUUUAAUAAAAUUGUUUUGAAGGAGCAGUAUAUUUAACUUGAAUGGUGUAAUUGGAAUUAAUUUUGUGAGGGAAACUUUAAUUUAAAUAAGGGAUUAUGAUUAUUGUUAAAUCUACGUUUGUUAGUGUAAAUUUGGUGUGAAGUUUGAUGUUCAAAAGUAUGUUUUCAAUAUGUUAUAAAAAGUUUACGUUGUAAAAUUGUUUUUCAAAUUGCAUAGAAUUGUGGGUCAUAGACUUCCCAUGUCUUAACAUGUCAUAACCAUGUCACAACCGUGUCUGACAUGGUUAUGACAUGGUUAUGACAUGGUUAUGACAUGGUUAUGACAUGGUUAUGACAUGGUUAUAACAUGGUUAUGAAAUGGUUAUGACAUGGUUAUGACAUGGUUAAGACAUGGUUAUGACAUGGUUAUGACAUGGUUAUGCCAUGGUUAUGCCAUGUUUGUGACAUGGUUAAAUGAUAUGGUUCUGACAUGGUAUUUCUAGUCUAUGACCGAUUUGUGAAGGGCGAUGAUAACUUAUUUAUUGUUUCAUCAGACAUUAUAAUCGAUCGAAAUUGGUAAGGUAUCAACCGAUCAACACCCUUUCACCAAUCUAAUUUAUAUCAUAUUACCGUGCAGUGCUGUGUAGAAGGUUUUUAAAAUACCUUUUAUUGAGCCGUACGAUAAGACAUGUAGAUAAAAUCCCGCCGGUUAAUAGCACUUAAAAAGCAUUGCGAUAUGAUUGUAAUUUGAUCGAACUUCUUGACCGAGGUUUCUUUUAUUAUAAGACUUUUAUUACUGUAUAAGAUUAAGACUGUUAUAAAAAAGUGACAAUCGUUUUUUGUCUAGGGGAUCGUUAACAUAAUAAAAAUGUAGAGGAAAAGUGGUUAGACAAUUUUGAUAAUGAAGUAUAAUGUUAACGAUCACCAGGUUUUACUAAUAUAGUAAAACACGAAGAUCAUUUAUCUUAAUUUUGAUUGUCAAAUGUUAAAAAAUUAAUAGGAUUUCUAAUUAAUAUUUAGGUUUUGAUAUAGAGAGGCAAAGAAAGUUUUUAGGUAGAUUGUGUUAACAGCACAAUUUACAUCAGCAUUAUUAGGGCCCAAUAAAUGAGGCAUUAAACGAUGGUUCACGAAAGUGUAUCUCCAAAAUAAAACCUAUGUAUGGAUAUGUUUCAAGGAUAAAUUAGGAGAUAUUAUUGCUGGGUACAAUUUUAUUAUUAUUAUUGAUUUUGGGGUUUUAAGUAUUAAAUUAAGUUCUGCAAGAAGGAGAUUCUUAUCUUGGAGGAAUUAUAACAACUAUUUUAAAUUAAUUAUUAAUUUGGGUAAUUUUGUUUCCCAAGAUCUGUUAUAUUUAAUGACUUAUUUCAAAAUGCAGAUACUAUAUUAUGAUUUCUCAAAUAAAUUGGGCGUGGAAAGCAAUGAUAUAUUGUAAAUUUGCGGUUAAGAAACUUGGAUCUUGUUUUUAUAAUGUGUUGUGUUUUUUUCUUUCUUGUUUUCUAUAUACAUUGUUUAUUAUUAUUAUUAUUAUUAAUUUAAAUUGUGUUCCUAUGGUCCUUAUUUGAUCUUUUU